AUGGAUGGUUAUAAUGCCAGCAUGGAGGAGAUGGAAGAAUAUCACAUGAUGGUGAGUCAGAUGUUUGGAAGCGUUGAAGAAGGUUACGAGCACUACAACAGCUAUGCAAAACCUAAAAGGUUUAGUGUGAGAUUGGACGAUAAGGAGUACAUUAGUGGCACCAUGGAAUUGAAAAGAAGACGUUUCUGCUGCAGUAAGGAAGGGUACCGUUUGGAGAAGUACUUCGUAGCAAAAGAUAAAAAAAGGGAGCCACGGGUGCUCACCCGUUGUGGAUGUAAAGCUAUGCUUGAGAUCCAGCGAGAACCUGGAACGGGUCUUUGUUUUUUCAAGAAUUUUGUUGAUGUCCACAGCCAUCCACUUGACCCCAAGCAGUCUCCUUUUCUACGGUCACAUCGCCGUUUAAACAACGCUCAAAAAGCUGAUGCCGUAGAAUAUGGUCUUGGUGGCCUUCGUACGUGCCAAAUCAUGGAAGUUAUGGAGAAGCACCAUGGUAGGUAUGAUCAGGUUGGGUUUUUUUCCCGUGACCUCUAUAAUUUCUUCGCCAAGUACAAGAAGAAAAGACUCUUAGGAAGGGAUGCUGAAUUUGUCUUGAACCACAUGAGAGCCCAAGUUGAACGAGAUGCUGAAUUUUUCUUCAAAUACAGUACAGAUGAUGAAGGACAUCUUCGAAAUAUAUUCUGGGCAGAUUCACAAUCUCAGAUUGAUUAUGAAGCAUUCGGUGACCUAGUUGUGUUUGACAGCACAUAUCGGGUUAAUCGGUAUAAUCUCCCAUUUGUUCCAUUCAUUGGGGUGAACCAUCAUCGCAGUACAAUUGUUUUUGGUGUUGGUAUUGUUUCAGACGAGACUGUCUCAUCGCACGAGUGGCUACUACAGUCAUUUCUUGAGGCGAUGAGCCAUAAGAACCCGAGAUCUGUGAUCACUGAUGGAGACGCCGCCACGAGGAAAGCCAUUAAGAAGGUUAUGCCGAGGACAGACCAUCGACUAUGCAGUUGGCACAUUGAGCAGAACAUGAUACGCCACCUGCGUAAUCCAAUGCUUCGGGACUUCAGAAAACUCAUAUAUCGUAAGAUGGGAGUAUAUGAGUUUGAGAGAUCUUGGGCUCAGUUCAAGGAAAAGUAUGAGAUCACAGAGCAGGCUGCAUGGAUGUCUAGAAUGUACAAACUUAGAAAGAGGUGGUCUGCGGCUUAUACAAAUGGAAGAUAUUUUUUGGGCAUGCAGAGCAACCAGCGUAGCGAGAGUCUUAACUCUAGGCUCCAUAAUCACCUAGACCGGAAAAUGUCGUUGGUUGACUUGGUGGAGCACAGCGAGCACUGCAUGUCAUGUAUCCGCAGAAAUGAGGCCGAGUUGGAUGCAAAAGCUGCAAAUUCAGUCCCUUUCACUAGAAUAGAUGCUAAUCCAUUAGAGAAAAAUGCUGCCUGUAUUUACACACCAAAGAUGUUCAGGAAGGUGUAG